UCUAGUAACUUCGAGUAAGUGAAACGGAAGUUUUAAAAUUUAAAACCUCGCUUUGCUCAUCCUCUAAAAAUUUAUACAUAAGAUAUUUUAAUCAUACUUUACCCCACCUUCGCAAUGUAAUAAAGCUACAACUAAAUCGGUGCAGUUACUUCAAAUUUAAAGAUCAAGUUUCUGUCGGUGGUUUCCUCUUAAGGGCGGGAGGGGUCUGGAUAAGAUGGGGUCGAUAUUCUCCAUGUUGCCACAAUUAAUGCAAACCAUAAAGGCCAAAAUACCCGGGAGAAACAACAACCGUUACGCGGGCGGAGAUGACUUUGAGACAGUACCAGCAGUGCUAGCAAGCAUCGCUGCUUACGGAAUGAGAUCCCUUUUCAGCAAUCUCCUGCCGGCCGCCAACCUCACCGGAGCGUUGGGAGACUCCGACUUGACCCUCGAGGGAGCUGAAGACAACGAGCCGAGGGACCUUCCGUACUUUCUCAUAGAGUUCCUUAACUAUAUCCUCGAUGAUACUAGACGGUUCAAUGCCAGCGCGCCAUUUCCGUUUCCGUUUCUGAGUUGACAACGUCGAGGACACAGGAGCUUAUGUGUGCACCUGUCUUCCGAUGAGGGCGGUCGUGGUGGGCCCUCGACGCCGCCGACAAUCCACCAUUCAACUGUCAACUCUCCAGACACAUACCCCACCGACUCAACGAUAAACUGUCUCGGCCGACAAAAGACCUCUCCAGCUAUUUCCGAUGAUUGCGGGUACCUCAUGACGUCAUAAUGGAAACUCCAUGUCAAAAAAGCAUAUCGACCAGAUUACGUAGCAUGGUGUCAGCGAUUACGGUGUCAACAAACAGUUUUUCUAAUUUUUUGUCGACACUAUGACCAUCCAAAAAUACAAAAGUCUGACUCUCAUGAAAUCUGAUCACGAUGUCAACGAUCGCGACUUCUCUCGACCUAUAACAUUUUUCAAAUUUCAAGUCUUGUUUUUCGUGUGUUAUUUACUCUAACUUACCUAACGUAUACUAACAUAUACUAACCUAACCUAACCUAACCUAACCUAACCUAACCUAACCUCACCUUACCCAACUUUACCUUACAAGACCUAACCCACUUUCACGGAACUUAAUUUUCCCCGACCUUACCCUACCUAACUUUAACCUUACCUAAUCUAUAGGUACAUGUCCUGACCUAAACUAACCUAAUCUAACUGUACGUGACCCAAACCUCUCAUGUACAAUUAAUUUUUUAAUUUUACUCAUAAGGAAGAUAUUUUUCUGUUUGUUGACACCAUGCUCAUUGCUCAGAGCCCAUUUUUGCGUUUUACUUUAUUUUAUCUUUAUUUGUGAAUAUGCAAUAAUUUGAUCUUCACGAGUAAUCAUUAAAUAUAACUAUGAAGGUAAUGCAUUGGUAAACAGGACUAUACGUAACAGGUACCACUUUUAUAAAAUAAUUGAAUUAAUGAAAAUGAUAUUGACUAAUGAACUAAUUUAAUUAUAUGAGUUAUAUCAUAAACAUAAUUUCAAUUAACGCACGUUGGUUAAAAACUCCAACAUAUAACGAGUGCGUUUACCGCAAUCAGUUUGUGUUUGUAUAAUUUUAACUGUAUGGUGAUUUUGCCCACAUCAACUGCAUGACAUGAUGUAUCAGUGGAAUUGAAAUAUCUCAAUAAACAGAGAAAAUAUCUCUAAAACUUAGGUGGA